UCAUGACUAGCAAGAAGAAGUAACGUUACUUCUCUCUGGUCUUGUCCCUGCUUGCUAGCUGGCGUAGAAGUUGCAGUGUGGCAAGCGAAUUGUGUUGGAGCACAACGAUCAGAUGCAGACAGCUCCGGAAAUGAAAGGUGUGUGUCCACUGCCAUAAGUAGCAGUGAUGGAUGGAGAAGCCCAAAGGUCCACUGCGUCGUGGGAGAAUGCUACUCUGGCUCCCAUGGAAAACCUUCGCUCCGAGAGGGCGGAGAGCCCCAUGCCAGGUCUGGUGGAGGGUACGGAACCAGGUGCCGGUCAGAAGAGUACCAUGUUCGUCCAUGCGCAGUCUUUCGAGGAUCUGACCGCUGAGGGAGAGGAUCAGAGGGAGGCCGAACUGGACAAGUCGGGAGAGUGUGCAGACGAGCUCAAGGUGCUGGUGGGAGAGAAAAGCGUAGAGGAGCAGCACAACAUCGACGUCACAUCGGAGAGUAGGACUAAGGAGGAAGACGUGUGCAGCGAGGCGUGGAGGAGCCACAGAAAACACGUGUUUGUGCUGAGCGAGGCCGGCAAGCCGAUCUACAGCCGCUACGGCACGGAGGAGGCUCUGUCCAGCACCAUGGGGGUGAUGAUGGCCCUUGUGUCCGUCGUCGAGGCCGAGAAGAACGUCAUUCGGUCCAUCCAUGCAGAUGGCUGUAAAGUGAUUUUCCUCACCAAGAGCCCUCUGGUCCUGGUGGGCGUGUCUCGGACCUCUCAGACCGACAAGGAGCUGCUGCGGGAGCUGCUGUACAUCUACUACCAGAUCGUCAGCCUGCUGACCCUCACCCAGCUCAACCACAUCUUCCAGCACAAGCAGAACUUCGACCUGCGCCGCCUGCUUGCCGGCUCCGAGUACCUCACCGACAACCUGCUGCAUCGGCUGGACCGCGACCCUGGGCUGCUGCUCAGCGCCGUCACCUGCCUGCCUCUGGCCAGCUCCGCCAGGGACGCGGUGUCGUCGGGCCUGCAGGCUGCCAAAUCCGAGAGCCUCGUGUUCUCCAUCCUGCUGGCGGGCGACCGCCUGGUCACUCUGGUGAGGAAAAAGGACCAGUUCCUGCACCACAUAGACUUGCACCUGGUCUUCAACCUCGUCGGCUCCUCCUCGUCCUUCCGAGAGGGCGAAGGCUGGACGCCGAUCUGUCUGCCAAAGUUCAACACCGCCGGGUUUUUCCACGCUCACAUCUCCUACCUGGAGCCUGCGUCCCAGCUCUGCCUCAUCUUGGUCUCGACCGACCGAGAGGACUUUUUUAACAUGUCCGACUGCAAGCAGCGGUUCCUGGAGAGGCUGAACAAGCGCAGUGCCUACCAGGCCCUGAAAGAAGCCCUUAAAUGUCCCAGCUAUUCUGUGGAGCAGGUCGCCAUCCCGGAGCUCAGGCACUUCCUGUACAAAUCAAAGAGCUCAGGGCUGUACACCAGUCCAGAGUUCCCUGAAGUGUACCAGUCUGAUGGAGAGCAGGAAAGGCUGAUGGGACUGUACCAGGACCUCCACAGCAGCUUGCAUCAUCCAUCCAGACCCCUCCGCUCCUUCUACCGCUGUGGGGAAUCUGAAAACCUGCUGGCAUGGGUGACGAGUGGCUUCGAGCUCUACCUCUGCUUCAGUCCGCUGGGGACCAAGGCCUUGGCCGUCUCUGCUGUCAACAAACUGCUGAAGUGGAUCAGGAAGGAGGAGGAUCGCCUCUUCAUCCUGAGUCCUCUCACAUACUGAGCCCCUCGCUGCCGGCCGACCUGCUGAAACAAAAUUCAUCAUGCUGACAGGGGGUGGGGGGGGGGGGGGGGGGCUUGUGCCGAGGACCGCCGCAGAUGAUGCAGUAGUUCAGUAUUCGCUUCAUGAUUGUAGAGCUUUCUUUUCUUGCUUCGGAUUCCUCUGAUCUAAUUCACAGAUUUGUGAUUAAGUAGACUGAGUAAUGACGGUGAUUUAAUGCUGUAUUUUAUCUGGCUCGCUUUUUAUACCUUAACAUUUGAAUAACAACAGAUGAAGCAGCAUCAGCAUCAUCGAUGAUGACGCAACAACAACGUGGACGUUAUUUCGUAAAUGUCUGUUAACAGACCUAUUAUGCCUCUAAGACUAUGAAAGAUGCUGUCGUUUUAGAAAUGCUUAGUUAUUAAAAUCUUGAAUUCAAAAACUGGAAUUUUUCUGAGAACCUGCGGUAGAAUGUAUUCCCUUGUUAUAACAGCUGUUAAAAUAUGAGUUCAGCACAUUCCGGUUGUGUUUUAUCUUUACAUGACGACCAAUAACUAAUUGUAAUUUUACCUCUAUGCACUUUCUUUAUGCAAAAGGCACUCCUGAGACAAAUGUGUUGAUGAGUCUAACCCGAUUACUGCUGUCAUUUGUUUGUGUUAAUGUUAAGGAAUCUUAAUUUCACUCACUUGAUCUUCCAGUGGCAAUUGGAAUUUUCCUUAACUUAUCAUAAAAUGUGUGUUAGUUAAGAAAGUAUUGUAUGAAAUUGUACCUGCUUGUGUCUUAUCACAGAUGUUCACUGUAUUUCAAGGGGUCCUGCUUUGCUUCAGGAAAACAUCCCCACAUCUGCCUCCACUAAUCAGGUCUUAACUAAUUGUUCAUUGUUCAAAGCCAAAACAAGGUUGUGACAGUGCAGAUUUAUGGCUGCAUUACAACUCUAGAAUCAUCAGAUAUAAAUAAAUCGCUGGUAAUGAAACUGA